CCACUUCGGGUCUAGAGCCCGCGUCAGGCCCGCUUCCUUGCUACGCCUGUGCUCCCUUAUGCUGCUUUCUUUUUGGUGCUUAGUUUUCUGUUCUGCUGCCUGCCUGCCAAGCUUCUCUCUGAAGUUUCAGGCUGUCUGCAGAUACCAGUAAACCAGUCAAGUAGUUAGUGUACUUCUUCCUUCGCCUGAGCUUUCGUUGGAUGUCAUCUUUUGUUCUGUUUUGAAGCCCGUGAAGCCCUAACAACGGAGAAGCUGGGAAAGGAGAGCACAAAUUAGCGAGAGCAAGGGAGAAGACUUACACUGGUCCUGAAUCGUGCUGAAUAUAUCUGCUGUCUUCGCACUGCCCAAGGUUGUUGUAGCUAGGAGUCAUGGGGAUUAAGGGGUUGACGAAGCUGCUAGCGGACAAUGCACCUGAUUCGAUGAAAGAGCAAAAAUUUGAGAGCUACUUUGGUCGAAAAAUAGCUAUCGAUGCCAGCAUGAGCAUCUACUCAUUUCUUGUAGUCGUGGGACGAACUGGGACCGAUAUGCUUACAAAUGACGCUGGAGAAGUGACGAGUCAUUUAAUCGGCAUGUUCAAUCGAACGAUUCGAGUGUUGGAGGCCGGUUUAAAGCCCGUUUAUGUUUUCGAUGGGAAGCCUCCGGAAAUGAAGGGAGGGGAGCUUGCUAAGCGACUAGCAAGGCGUGAGGAGGCCGUUGAAAGUCUGGCUACAGCCAAGUUGGAAGGAAAUGAGGCUGAUAUGGAGAAAUACAGUAAAAGGACUGUGAAGGUUACCAAACAACACAACGAAGAUUGUCGCAAGCUGCUACGACUUAUGGGCGUUCCUGUUGUUGAGGCUCCAUCUGAGGCUGAAGCCGAGUGCGCAUCACUGUGCAAGACAGGCAAGGUUUAUGCAGUAGCAUCAGAAGAUAUGGAUUCUCUCACAUUUGGAUCAACUCGAUUUUUACGCCAUUUGAUGGAACCGGUCUCUCGGAAAUUACCUGUCAUGGAGUUUGAUAUGAAUAAGGUUUUGGAAGGGUUGAGUCUCACUAUGGAUCAAUUUGUAGACUUGUGCAUAUUAUGUGGGUGCGAUUACAUUGACACAAUCCGAGGUAUUGGGGCGCAAACUGCACUGAAAUUAAUCCGACAACAUGGUUCUUUGGAGAAAAUUCUGGAAAAUUUGAACAAAGACAGAUAUCAAAUACCAGAUCCAUGGCCUUAUGAGGAAGCGCGUCGUCUUUUCAAAGAGCCUUUAGUUACUCAAGCUGAGGAUGUCCCAGACUUCAAGUGGACUGCACCAGAUGCAGAGGGCCUUAUUAAAUUUCUUGUUGAAGAAAACGGCUUCAACCACGAUCGAGUGCAGACGGCAAUUAAAAAGAUCCAGUUGGCAAAGAACAAGUCGUCACAAGGAAGGCUGGAGAGUUUCUUCGGUGGUGUAGUCAACAACUCUUCAAACAAGAGAAAGGAGGCCCCUGCUGCGAAAGCUCCUGCUGGAAAGCAGGCUAAAGGCGCAUCUGGGAAGCAAGUUAUAGCUGCUCCUAAGAAAGGUUCUGCAAAGGGGACCAAAAAGAAAUAAUCUAUAUCGAAUUUCCAGAACCACAGAAUUUCCUUCGCUCUUGUGAAAAGCAGUGCAAUAUAUCACGAAAAAUGGUAGGAGAGUCCGUAUGGUGGAACAGCUUCAUCCUACAUUGCAGCUCCAACACUCCCCUACUUGUAGAUGCUAUUUCGAGGAUUCCUUAGGGUUGGAGCUCAAGAUAUGACUUCAUUGCCCGAGUUGGGGGCUUUGGAUUGGCCGUUACUUUUCCGAGGAGAUCUUCAGGGUUAAACAUUUCCGUCUCCGGCAAUCAGACGCUGUUUGUAGCGUCAAUGAAUGCCUUGUUGUUGAUGUGAGGUUGACUUGGAGAUUUAGCACGUCGCGAAACAACACUUCUGCAGCUGAGGUAGACUGCACUAAUUCGCAACUGGAGGACUCUUGGGUCGACUUCAAGUGCUGCGUUUGAAACUCUGAUGUUCCAGCACUUUUUAGCACCUAAACCUUCCAUCCCUCUCUUAUUUGCAAUUUCUCCACAAUUCAACAACAAUGUUUUUCCUGAGGCACAUUGGAAAGUGGGUGGAGCUGCAUAUAGACAUUUGUAUACAUGUGAUAAUAUUUCUUUUAUCAAUCAUAUUUCACUUGAUUAUUCUUAGAUUUAUUUUUUUCACGGU